AUGGCGCGCGGGAGCGAGCCCCCGGACGGGGGCUGGGGCUGGAUGGUGGUGCUCUCCGCGUUCUUCCAGUCCGCGCUGGUGUUCGGGGUGCUGCGCUCCUUCAGCGUCUUCUUCGUGGAGUUCGUGGCAGUGUUCGGCGAGCCGGCGGCGCGCGUCUCCUGGAUCGCCUCCAUCGGCAUCGCGGUGCAGCAGUUCGGGAGCCCCGUGGGCAGUGUCCUGAGCACCAAGUUCGGGCCGAGGCCAGUGGUGAUGGCUGGGGGCGUCCUGGCAGCGCUGGGGAUGCUGCUGGCCUCUUUCGCCACCUCCUUGACCCACCUGUACCUGAGUAUCGGGCUGCUCUCAGGUUCUGGGUGGGCCUUGACCUUCACGCCAACACUUGCCUGCCUGUCCCGUUACUUCUCUCGCCUGCGAUCCCUGGCCAUGGGGUUGGCGCUGACCGGCGUGGGCCUCUCCUCCUUUGCCUUCGCCCCACUCUUCCAAUGGCUGCUCAGCCACUAUGCCUGGCGGGGCACCCUGCUGCUGGUGUCGGCCAUCUCCCUCCAUCUGGUGGCCUGUGGGGCCCUCCUCCGCCCACUCUCCCUGACGGAGGACCCUGCUGCGGGUGGCCCUGGGGCCCAGCUCGCCUCCCUCCUCCAUCACGGUCCCUUCCUCCGUUACACUGUCGCCCUCACCCUGAUCAACACUGGCUACUUCAUCCCCUAUGUGCACCUGGUGGCCCACCUCCGGGACCUGGAUUGGGAUCCCCUGCCUGCUGCCUUCCUCCUCUCGGUGAUUGCUGUCUCUGACCUCGUGGGGCGUGUGGUUUCUGGGUGGCUAGGGGAUGUAGUCCCGGGGCCUGUGGCACGACUCCUGGUGCUCUGGACCACCCUGACUGGGGUGUCGCUGGCCCUGUUCCCUGUGGCUCAGGCUCCCACAGCCCUGGUGGCUCUGGCCGUGGCCUAUGGCUUUACAUCAGGGGCCCUGACCCCCGUGGCCUUCUCCAUGCUGCCUGAGCUGGUGGGGACUGGAAGGAUAUACUGUGGCCUGGGACUGGUGCAGAUGGUGGAGAGCAUCGGGGGACUGUUGGGGGCUCCUCUGUCAGGCUACCUCCGGGAUGUGACAGGCAACUACACGGCUUCCUUCGUGGUGGCCGGGGCCUUCCUUCUCGCAGGGAGUGGCGUUCUCAUCACACUCCCCCACUUCUUCUGCGUCUCGGCUCCUACCCCCAAGCCCCAGGACCUCGUCACAGAGGCACUGGAUCCCCAAGGGCUGGGAGAGGACUGA